UUUAUUGGACAGAUUGUAAACGAAGAAAGCAUAUAAAGGGCUGAAAAUUUUGGCAUUGAAAAUAAGAAGAAGCAAAAUGUUGAAGCAAAUGUUGGAUUAUGCUUUCCAAGUUUCAUCAUGCAUUUCCUUGCAGCCCAAAUCCAAGCUUCAUUUUGAAAGUUUGAAGCACGUGAAGGAGAAUAAAAGUGGUCACUGCACAAAAGUCAUGCGAAGCGUCAAUAUGGAAAACUUGAGGACUGGAUAUUUAUUCCCUGAGAUAGCUAGACGAGAAUAUGAACAUUCUCAAAAGUAUCCAAAUGCAGAGAUAAUUAAACUCGGAAUAGGUGACACUUCAGAGCCUAUACCAGACUGUAUUACAUCAGCCAUGGCAAAACAAGCACUAGAUCUGUCAACUGUCAAAGGCUACAGUGGGUAUGGAGAUGAGCAGGGUAACAAGGCACUGAGAAAAAGAAUUGCUGAAAAGUUUUACAAAAACAUGUGCAUAAAGGGGGAAGAAGUCUUUGUCUCUGAUGGAGCUCAAUGUGACAUCUCUCGCCUUCAGAUGCUUUUAGGGUCACACGUAACGGUGGCUGUACAGGAUCCUUCUUUCCCCGCAUACAUAGAUUCAAGCGUGAUUUUCGGACGAGCGGGGGACGUACAAGGGCAAAACGGUAAAUACGAGAGAAUAGUGUACAUGGAAUGUAACCCAGACAACGGGUUUUUUCCAGAUUUAUCAAACACUCCCAGAACAGAUAUUAUCUUCUUCUGCUCUCCGAACAAUCCCACCGGAACCGCCGCCUCGGCCGCCCAACUCCGCCGCCUCGUCGACUUCGCCACUGCCAAUGGUUCUAUCAUCGUCUACGAUUCCUCCUACGCCGCUUACAUCUCCGACGGCAGCCCUACCUCCAUCUUCCAAAUUCCUGGAGCCAAACAGGUCGCAAUUGAAAUAUCGUCCUUCUCCAAAUUCGCAGGCUUCACCGGGGUCCGCCUCGGAUGGACGGUGGUCCCGGAGGAGCUAUCGUACUCGAAUGGAUUUCCAAUCAUAAAGGAUUACGAUCGAAUCGUCCGUACGUGCUUCAAUGGCGCCUCCAACAUUGUUCAGGCCGGUGGCCUUGCUUGCCUUUCCACUGAAGGUUUUCAGGCAGUGAGCAAUGUGUUAAAUAACUACAAGGAGAACGCCAAGAUUUUGGCAGAGGCCUUCCGAGGUCUGGGAAUGGAGGUUUAUGGAGGCCAAAACGCACCGUAUCUGUGGGUGCAUUUUCCAGGAUCAAGCUCGUGGGAGAUAUUUGCAGAGAUUUUGGAGAAGACACACAUCGUGACGAUUCCGGGAAGGGGAUUUGGUCCCCGCGGUGAGUCGUAUAUACGAGUCAGUUCUUUCGGCCAUAGAGAAACCAUUCUAGAAGCUUCCCAGCGGCUCACAAGUCUUGGCAAAUUAAACUUCAAUUGGGUGAGAGAAUAAUUUAAUGGAUUUUCUCGAGCCGUUAAAACUUUAUAUUAUAAUUUUAAAAUUUUCGUUAUGAUAAAAGUGAAAAUUAAAUAAAUAAGUGAGAAAUGUUUUCUUCUUGAGAGAAAACUCUAGUAAUAGUUAAUAAAGUUUAAUGUAAUCUUAUUAUGUUUCAUAAUGUAAUACAAUUGCUAUUUGUCCCUUUA